UUGCUCACAGUGCCUGCACAGUUUAUAGCCGGUCGGACGGGGGCCGGGCUUCUCAUCCUCAACGGGUUCACUUUCUACAUGAAGAAUCAUCAAGCGCACGGCAAGAAACAGUGGUACUGCUCAUCGAGGGAUGUCCACGGCUGCAGAGCUGACGUCAUAACCUAUAAAGAUUCUGAGAUUUACUAUCUACCCUCUCAUCGAACCGGUAGCAUGGUGCUAAUUUUCAAAGAGAACAAGUACUGGAUAAACAACCGUUACCAGAACACGAUAAAUUGGACCUGCAGGGAUAGAAAGCGGCUCGGCUGCAACAGCUGCGUCCAGACCACCGUCGAGGGCCGCUACAUCAAACACAAGGGCUUUCACAAUCACGAGGAUAACUACACCAAGUACAACUUCAACGACUGAUGCGAAGCCCCGGCGUCGCAACUGCCAGUCAUCGCGUCAGUGGAAACUGUAAAGUUUUCACAAAUGUUAGCAAAGGAAUCGUCUGACUAAUAACCAUUUUAAUAAGAAACUGUGACGUGUUCCCUUUUUACUACUUUCCCUAAGGCGGUUUCCAGAGCAUACGUUAUAUUCUUACCGUAUUUAUAAAAUAUUGUUUCGUAUUACCCCGAGAACAAUAAUGUACACAGUAUCGCUUUUGGUUAAACAGAGUAUGGUUAUAUAGAAAUCCAAGAAAUAAAGGAGAGGUGGAAAUUUUAUUAGUUUAAAUUGAUAGGUUUUAACUGUAUCGCUUGAAAUGUAUAAUGUACUGUUCUUGCCAUGUUUAUAAGGCUUUCGCAAUUAUUCAGUUUGUACCAUGGACGUACAAUAUAAUUGCAGUACGUCAAUGAUUUGUAGUGUAGAAAUAUUAUGCAUAAUGUGCUCUCCAGCGUCCUAUCAUAAGGUAUUUAUUUGAAUUAUGAGCAAUAAUUUGUACAUAUAAGAUAACAUUAUGAAAAGUCAGUUAUUACGCUAAGUACUUAAGUUGUUUAUAAAAAAAAUGGAAAAAAUUGGCUGUAAAAGUGGUUCUACAGGGAAUCUAGCAUCGACUCUUGUUUAAGAGAUAUGACAUACUUGUUGGAGGUUUAAAUUUGCUCAAACCUAGCAUUUAUUUUUAAUUUCUGGUAGAAAUUUCAUUCCAAUAUACUUAAUUAAUCAAUUACUGGUUUAUAACCAUAUUACAUGUAUAUUUAGAUGUUUAAGAACGUAUUGUAGUGUAUAUUGCUUAAAAAAUUGUAUAAAAAUGAACUAGGCAAUAUGUAUCUUAGUAAGUCAAGUGACCAUACAAAACGUUAAUAGCUUUUAUUCUAUCACUGCCUAUAUUGUCUUAUAAUGAUAAUAAUAAUGUUUUUAAUCAAUCGUAUCAACUUGUUUAGUUAUCCGUGCGAUUUAAUAUUUAUUACUUAUACAUCAUCAGUGUAAACUCUUGCGGACAGAAUGACGUGCCUGUUGAAUUGAAUAGGCAUAUAUAGAUAGUGGCAUCACAACUUAUCGACUUAACCUUGCGUGUACUAGUCAUAAGAGAAAUGUAGAUAUCUGUUAUAAUAUUCCCCAAGCACUACGAUCAAAUGUACUUAUUGUAGUGCUAAUUAUAGAUUAGAGUUAGUGUAGGUAGUUUAACUUACUUUGCUAGUCAUCCCACUUCUGAUGUAUAUCAUCCUGUGCCAAAUUGAAUGUAAAAUUAUAUAACUUUCUAUAUUUCGAGUCUUAUUGUUACAUCGGUCAUGAAUAUACACUUAGAAAUCUUGUU